AUGGCGGCGUGGGGCCCAGCCGCGGCAGCGCCUUUGCUCCGCGGGAUCCGCUGGCUUCCUCUUCACUGUGUACAUCGCAUGUUUGCCUCCCAGACCGAGGGGGAGCUCAAAGUGACCCAAAUUCUCAAAGAAAAGUUUCCACGAGCAACAGCUAUCAAGGUCACCGACAUUUCAGGAGGCUGUGGGGCAAUGUAUGAAAUCCAAAUUGAAUCGGAAGACUUUAAGGAGAAGAGAACUGUCCAGCAACACCAGAUGGUUAACCAGGCACUAAAGGAAGAAAUUAAAGGAAUGCAUGGAUUGCGGAUAUUUACCUCCGUCCCCAAACACUGA